UAAAUCCGAAUUACGCGGCUUUUCUCAAGGUCAUUUGUAUAAGCUCAAUUAAUAUGAAAUUGAAUCGAUUAGAGAAGUGUAUAAAUAUCGAUUGUUUUAUUAUUAUCGUAAAUAUAGAAAAAUGUUGAAGAUCUUUCAAGUGUAUCUUAUUGUUUACGAUUGUUAGGUGUUUCCCAUUUUUGUUAAGAUAGAAUUUAUUUAUCAUAAAACAGUGUUAGAGAAGAACUGGUAGAAAGUAGUUCUAAGAAGGGCUACUCUGCCGUUGUGUCGAGAGGGGGACGAUCAUUUGAAGCAGUCUUUGUUUGUACGUAUAUUUCGUCGGCUACAGCGCGUAGCAACCAAGUACAGAACAGAUAUUAAAGGGAAAGGAAGAAAAAUAAUAGACAGCAUGCUAAGUAGCUUGGCAAACUAUUUACUAGGAGGUAAUAUCUCCACAACACAAAAUUCGCGCAAUGCUUCCAAUAGUGAAAGUCUGGAGAAUUUCCCUGUAGUAGCUAGACUCAGUCAGGUGGAGGUCGAGGGCGACGAUUGGAUCCUCAUCGACCGCACUAUACCUUUAGUUGAGGGCGCAACGGCGCUGGAGGAGUCGUGGUAUGUAACACCACCCGCAUGUUUUACACGGGCAGGACCCGUAAAUGUAGAAACCUCACCACUCGAGGAUUUGCUAAUCGAGCACCCAAGUAUGUCUGUCUAUCGAGCGACAACAGCGUCUCCGGUCGCUCCUGAUACUCCACCGCCUACGCCAGACGCUACAGAGGAACGAAACCUCGAAGAGGAUAUUACUCCACCUGCUCGUACCUCAGAUUUAUCCACCGUUUCCUUAGAACGUAGUCUAAGAAGGAGCGAGGAUGACGAUAUAUUAUCCAGACCGGCCAUCCAUGACGGUAGACCUGCCAAUAACCGGACUAAUAGUGACAAAGUCCGAGUCAUUCAGCUUCGUUCCGCUCAAAAGGUUCUUGAGAAAAGAUCUACUCAAGCACUGAAAAGAGGUCGAUUGGAGAGGAGUAACAAACUGAGGGAAGUGUUCAGUGUAAAGGGCAAGCGGCCACGCCGUCAAGACCGUUUACGUCUUCAAAAUAGUGGCGCAAAUAAUAACCGAAAAUGCUAGUCAUUCGAUCUCAGGCCAAGGUGUACUUAAAUUUUUCCUUCUCAAGAAAAAAAAAAAAGAAAGAAAGAAAAAAAGACAAAACGGAGAAAAAAUAAUUCGAUUUAUAUAUUAUUUGAUUUUAAUUUUUGUUAUGGUUAAUUAAUUAAUUAUUCAAGGCGAAUAUAAAAGUGGGAUUGUUCCCUUUACGUGCGAACACGUCGUGGAAAUGUAUGGACGUAUGAGAUAUUUUGAAAAUGAUGAUGUAGAUGUGUGACUGUGGUAAUCUAAGAGUUUCUCGAGUCGCUUUUAUUCACGAUGAACUUAUUAGAUAGUGUCGUCAUGCUUUUGUCCAGUUUUUAAAUCAAUUCUUUUAUCAUAUAGAUAAUGUAGAUAUCAAUAGAUAAUGUUCAAUUAGAGCGAAUAUAUGUAAUAGUAUGAUUUGUUGUUUGCUUUGCAAUUGUAAAUACAAGUGAAAGGAUAACAGAGCUCCUUACUUAUUCGAAAAACGCGUAGUAAACUCUGGAAAAAGUUUUAUCGACGCGUUUCAAGUCCUGAUACUCUGAUGCUCCUGUCUACAGUUAGCCUAUAAAUUGCGUGCUCGAACAGACAGGGGUUUGUAACUUCGUUGAAAGACAAAACAUUUGUGCUUUGAAAAUGCAACACUUUCUUUAUCGAGUGUCGGAGCGCCUCUUAUGUGAUGACAUUAAAAAAAAAAAAGAAAAAAAAAAGAAAAAAAAAGAAAAAGAAAGAAAAAAAAAGAAAAAAAAGAAAGAAAAAAGGAAAAAAAAAAGAACAAAGUUUUAUUACGUAUGGUAGAUAUCGCAUAUUAAAGAAGCGAUAUUGCGACACUUUUUUACUAUAAAUCGUAUCGUUUUAUCGUUUUAAAGUAUGUUUAGUGGGGUAUAAAGCAAUUAUUCCUCGCCCCCCCUCUCCUUGCGUAAAAGACGCAACAAUGGUGUUCUAUUUUAACAUAUAAAACGAUACAAUUUGGAGUAUCGUUACACAAAGACGGCAGUUCGUAACCUCGAUAGUCAAAAAAAGAAAAAAGAAAAACAUUCUCAAAUCACAAGUACUUUGGGCGUAUUCACCGUGUGAAUCUUAUACAGCUUGAGUCUUACUCGAGAACAUUGUGAUCGAUGCACGAAACGAUGCCACAAACAAAAAAAAACAGGUCAAGAAAAAUAUUUCGGGACCACACUUCUACUUGUGGAUUAUAACUGAGUCCCUGUUAAUCAGCGGGGUGUAGAAACUGUUAUGUGCGGGUCUUCCGUGGACAAAAAAAAGAUGUAUUAAAAAACGUUAUAUAGAAAAUAAUUUUUUUUUUGUUACCGUGAAACGGUACCGGUUAUUUAUGACCAUAAGAAAGAUACGGUAAAUGAUAGAGUAUCUGGAAACAAUCUUUUAGUGUUAAAAAAGUGGGUGAAUGAUCGACUAUGUUCAGGUAGAUUAAAUUAGGUUUUCAUUGAUGGACGUUAUGCACUUAAAAAUAACGAUAGUAAGUAUACAAGAGUAACAAGAAAAUAUGUAUUCUAUAUUCACUCAUACUCUUGCUACUCUACGUAUGUAAAAUGCGUUCAUUAUAUGUUGCACAUAUGCUAGAUUUGAAUAAUACACGUAAAAAAAGUAUAUAUAUACAUACACACACACACAUAUUGUUUUAUAUUCUUGAUCCGAACAUUAUGUAUAUAUACACAUGUAUACGUGCGUACUUGUAUAUAAAGGUAGAAAGAUUUUCUUUUGAGCAUAAAUUUUAAGCAAUAAGUGGUAACGUACAGUAAUUAGAUACAUUAAUUGUGUAACAUCCAUUAAUGAAGAUCUGACCGAUACUUAAAGAAAUAAGUAUCGAUAUAGAAUGUUACGUGAGAGUGCGUAGACAAACGCACGCAUAUACACACAAACACAGCUUUGCGUAGAGUAAAGAUGUGAAUUUUUAGUAUAAUUAUUAAUAAAGCAAAUUCUACUUCAGGGAAGAACAAUGGCCCGUAUUUUCGUUGUUCUUCUUGGUGGACAUUUCGAAUGACAUCAAGCAUAUUAUAUAUGUUUGAUAACGACGCAUCAUUAGAAUGAAAACAAAUAUAUAAUCUUAUAUAUCACAGCGAAAUGAUUACAAAAAUAAGAAGCCCGAUAGAUGCGCGUUGUAGCGCAUUCAAUUUUGCGGUUAAUAAGCGCAUUCGCUAGUAAUAUGCAUCGAUGCGAUAUAUCUCGAUAAACUGAUAUACAAACACAAUAGGUGGUGUAGUAUGGUGUAUUAAAUGAAUUUGUUCAAUUCUUUUUGUGAAUUGUGCACGUAAAGAAAGCAAGUCAAAACUGACAAUUUCAAUAUGAUAUGAACUUUCGGAAACUCGCAGUUUCCUUCAAAGAAUGUUCUGUGUUAAACGUAUGAUGAUUCUUGUGAGAAUAUAAAUAGUUACGUUCCACGAUGGUGUCGCCGAUUGGCACAAAUUAACAAAAGGAAACAUAGAUGCAACAAAUUAAAAAGAAAUAAAAAAAGAAAAUCUCGUUCCUGAGCCGUUAUUUAGCGAUGAUGUAUACGCGCACUAUGUAUGUAUCUCCUAAUGAGCGGCAGUGAUCAUUUUAAAAACAAUUAACAAUUAAAACAUUUGAUUAUCGAUCGAAUGUUUCGAAGGAAUUUAGUCGAAUCAAGUGUUCUAUAUAAUUUGCAACUAUCUUACACCAAUUCCUUCGAUUCUAUUAUAUGACUUGCGCUAUAGUGAUUAAUCGAUUAAUUAUAUUAUCUAAUUGUACGUUCGUGCACCUUGACCCUAAAUAAUAUAAUAAAAUAUUUUAUGUCAUUAACGUCGUCUCUUUUUCAUCGAAAAAGAGAGUUCGUUCGAUGCAAGGGAUCGUUUAUUUUUAAGGGGGAAAAAACAACAAAAAGGAAAGGAGAGAAUGAUGGGACAAAAAUAUGUCAUUAACAAGGAUUAUUGCUGAAUCAAUUUGUCAAGUAACCAUUUAACUCUUCUUCAGAGCUUUUACUAUCGACGAAACAAGCCCAGCUAUGUACAGAACGUAGAGAUCUAGUCUUCGGAUUGCCAAUGAAGCGACAAUAAUCUUUACAACUUGAUAAUAGCAACAACCUAUCUCUCUUAAAAUUCAGAGGACUGUUAAUUUGUUCACCAACUCGUUCAUACAAGUUUUCAUAUUUUUUAAAAAAAAACAUUUCCAAAUUACAAACGAGAUUUCCGAGUUCUUCUUCAAGUUGAGAAUAGCGCGAUGGGAUCAUACUAGGUUCGCAUCCUGGAGCGCCUAUUUCAUACAAUUUAUCGAUAUUAUAGAAAAGAUCUUUUUUUCCAUUAGCGUUUCUUUAAGGUAUACGACUGUCACAGGUUAAUAAUUAAACAAAUAAUAACCUUCAGUGUCCUGUAUAUUUUCCCAACGGAUCAUAGCUUCGCGUAACGAUUUAUAAAGUUGCCGCCUUUUCGGACAACACCAUAAUCGACUUUUAAUAUCCAAUCGUGUCCUUUCUUUAUGAUUAAGUGCACUCCAAUUUAAAAAAAAUUGUUUCAAUGAUGGUGCUAUAAUAACAUAUAUAAUUAUUUUUAGGUUAAUUAUUGAUGUGUUUUUAAUUUAUCAAAAUUCAUAAAUACCUUGAGGUAUUAAAUCAAAUAUAACGUCACAUAUUUCUUCAAAAAUUGAUUCAUCAACCUCUUUUCUGGCGCGUCGCCUAAAGUCCAUAAUUUAAUUUAUAAUCGUAGAUUUUAUUUUGCAAUCGUAUAAAGUAUGACAAAUCGAUAAGGAUACAAAUGAAUAUCGAUUGUUCUUUUUGUCAAUGUAUGUACAUACAUGUAUCUACACAUAUGCUUGUUCAGAUAUAGUUUUUAAAGAAAUCAUUUGAAAAUUGCAAACCACAAAUAUUUUAUUAAAAACAUUAAUAUCAAAGAUUA